AUUGAAACGAAUCGGAUGCAAAGAAGGGAGUAUUUAGAGGAAUGCCCGAAUAUAAACGUACGUAGAAAAAUAUGCAUACAACCAGUGCAAAUAAAAAUAUGUAAGAUACGGAACGCGAGUCGGAUGUCCGCGCGCGAGUGGGGUGUUGUCUCGCUUCGAAAGAAAAGCCGAGGGCGGGGUCAACUCGUUGCAAACGGUAUAAAAUCAUCGCUACUGAAAAGGAACAGCAUCCAGUCGUUAGCUAAGAUAUCGGAACGUUAUCUAGUACCAUUGUACAUCAUGAAUUAUAAAAUUAUCGGAUGCCUGGUCACCUUCCUGGCUGUUGCUCGAGCAGGAAUAAUCGGUCCUGGUGCAGCCGCAGUAGCAACGACGGCAGGUCUUCCAUCGACGAUCGUCAGAGCCGAAAAUUAUGAUCCGAAUCCUCAGUACAGUUUCAGUUACAGCGUAGCCGACAGUCUUACAGGUGACAACAAAGCGCAAGAGGAAACACGUAACGGAGACGUAGUCCAAGGCAGUUACAGUCUGAUAGAACCGGAUGGUUCGCGUCGGCUAGUUUCGUACGCCGCGGAUCCCAUAAACGGCUUCAACGCAGUCGUUCAGAAGGAUCCUAGCAUCACUGUGAAGACCGCGGUCGCAGCGGCACCGGUCGCGAGACCCGUCGCGCUCGCACGACCAUCGGUACUCGCGGCUGCCCCUUCAUCUGCGCUUGCUCUACGAUCACAGGCUGCACUGUUAGGACAACAGAUUUUGGCAGGGCCAACGGUAACUGCGUCAAACCUCCUCACCGCGGGUCUAGGUUUAGGCUUUGCACCUGGCUCUCUCUACGGUACGCAAGCAUUGCUCGCGGGUGCUUACGGUGCCGGAGGCAUCGUUAAGGUCCAUUAAACGCUGCACCGCAGGGAUUCAACUCGGCACGAUUCGAUUCUAUUCCAUACCAUUCCAUUCUAUAUUCUGUUCUAUUCUAUUCGAAUUGUCCCAAUUCAACUCGACCGGCACUACUUCCGAUCCCCUUCCAUUUUUUGACCAACUUCGCUUUGCUUUCCUCCAAUCGAAUUUACCUACCGUAGCGUCUGGAAAUUAUACUUAUGCACGUAUCUAAUAAUUAUGUACGAAUAUAAAUACACAUACACGCGUAUGUACCUAUGCCUAUAUAUGUAUAUCCGUGAUCUAUGACAGUAUGCUGCUAACGAUUUCAACAUAUUUCAUCGUCGACAAUCUAAUGUAAUUUUUAGAUUUGGAGUAUCCUUGUCAGCUCGUCAUUCGUUAUUGUAUAAUAAUGAUAGUACAAUAUAUUAUACAUAUUCCAUAUUA